AUGCGUCUACAUCUCCGGAUCCACACAGGAGAAAAGCCCUUCAGCUGUACAAUCUGCAAUAAGAAAUUUUCACAAAAGGUCAACUUGCACGUACAUUUCCGGAAUCAUACAGGAGAGAAGCCCUACGAGUGUACAGUGUGCAAAAAGAAAUUUGUUCAGCAGAGCAACCUUACCACACAUCUCCGUACCCACUUAGGAGAGAGGUCCUUUAAAUGCAUACUGUGUAACAAGGCAUGUGCUACUAGUACCCACUUGCGCAUCCACCUGCGGACCCACACAGGAGAGAAGCCUUUUCAGUGUGAUAUCUGCAACAACAAAUUUUCAACUAGCAGCUGUUUACGCAAACACCUCCGCAUCCACACAGGAGAGAGGCCCUUCAACUGUGCAAUCUGCAACAAAAAAUUUGUUGAUAAAGGUGGAUUGAGCAAACAUCUCCGUACCCACACAGGAGAGAGGCCCCACAAAUGUACAGUCUGCAAUAAGCAAUGUUUUACCAGGCGUAAUUUGGUCGUACAUUUCCGGACCCAUACAGGAGAGAAGCCAUACGAGUGCACAAUCUGCCACAAGAAAUUUGCGUAUAGCAACAGUCUGCGUCUACAUCUCCGGGCCCACACAGGAGAAGCCCCCUUUAAGUGCACAAUCUGCAACAAGUCAUUUACAAGAAGCAGCGCAUUGCGUCGCCAUCUCUCGACCCAUACAGGAGAAUCACCUUUUGAGUGCACAACUUGCAACAAGAAAUUUAAAACAACUGCUAGUCUGCGGGUUCAUCUCCGGGGCCACACUGGAGUGAGGCCCUCUGAGUGUACAAUGUGCCACAAGAAAUUUUUGCAUACCAGCAGUCUGCGUGCACAUCUCUUGGCCCACACACAAGAAAUACCCUUUAAGUGCACAAUCUGUACCAAGAAAUUUAGAUCAAGGGGUACUUUGCUCGUACAUCUCUACGCCCACUUAGGUAGGAGGCCCUUAAAUGAGGGAGAAACGUUUAUCGCCUGUUGGAAUUCUACCACCAUGCCAUUCCCAUGUGACCUGUGCAACAAGACGUUUCCGGCUAAAUGCAGAUACGACAAUCACAUGAGAACCCACACUGGAGAGAAACCAUUCGAGUGUACAAUCUGCAACAAGAAAUUUGCACUAAGCGCCACCUUGAGCAAACAUCUCCGGACUCACACUGGAGAGAGGCCUUUUGAGUGUAAAAUCUGCAAGAAGAAAUUUGCAGGCUCACUGAGUCUUCACCUCCGAACCCACACAGGUGAAAAGCCCUUCGACUGUACAAUCUGCGAGAAGAAAUUUUCACAAGAGAUCAACUUGCGCGUACAUAUCCGGAAGCAUACAGGGGAGAGGCCCUACGAGUGUACUAUAUGCAAGAAGAAACUUGUUACAAAGGAUGCCUUGACCGUACAUCUCCGUAGGCACUCAGGAGAGAGGCCCUUUGAUUGCUCAGUGUGUAACAAGGCAUUUGCUUCUAAUUCCGACUUGCGUGUUCACCUGCGAACCCACACAGGGGAGAAGCCUUUUCAGUGUGACAUCUGCAACAAGAAAUUUACAACAAGCAGCCAUUUACGCGGGCACCUCCAUAUGCACACAGGAGAAACUCCCUUCGAGUGUGCAAUCUGCAACAAAAAAUUUGCAGAGAAACGUGGAUUGAGCGGUCAUCUCCGUACACACACAAGAGAGAGGCCCUACAAAUGUACAGUCUGCAAUAAGCAAUGUUCAUCAAAGAGCAAUUUGGUCGUACAUUUACGGACCCAUACCGGAGAGAAGCCAUAUGAGUGCACAAUCUGCAACAAGAAAUUUGGACAUAGCAACAGUCUGCGUCAACAUCUCCGGGGCCACACAGGAGAAACCCCAUAUGAAUGCACAAUCUGCAACAAGAAAUUUAAAGGAAGUAACAGUCUGCGUUAUCAUCUCUCGUCGAACCAUACAGGAGAAACACAUGAGUGCACAACCUGCAGCAUGAAAUUUAAGACGUCUGCUGGUCUGCGGGUUCAUCUCCGGCGCCAUACUGGAUUGAGGCCCUAUGAGUGUACAAUCUGCCACAGGAAAUACACUCAACAGAGCUCUCUGGACGUACAUCUCCAGGGCCACUCUGCGGAGACACCAUUUAAGUGCACAAUCUGCACUAAGGAAUUUAGAUGGAUUGGGAGUUUGCGCUCACAUCUCCAGAGCCAUAUAGGAGAGAAGAAAUUUGAGUGUACAAUCUGUCCCAAGAAAUAUGUACAAAAGUCAGCCUUGAACGUACAUCUUCGCCGGGCCCACACAUGAGAGACGCCCUUCCUUUGUACAUACAAUACACAUACAAUCUGCGGCGCGACAGUGCCCUUACAAAACGCCCUUUAAAUGCACAAUUUGCAACAAGAAAUUUAAAGCAAGUACCUAUUUACACAUCUCCUGG